AGCGUGCCCCCUUACAUUAGGUGUGCUCAUCAGAGUGCUCCUUUACAUCAGUUGUCCCCAUCAGAGUUCCCCUAUAGAUCAGGUAUCCCCAUCACAGUUCCACCUUACAUCAGGUAUUGCCGUCAGAGUGCCCCCUUAUGCUCAAAGUACCCAUUUCCAUCAUAUUUCCUCAUCAGAGUGCCCCUUUACAUCAUAUUCCCCAUCAGACUGCCCGUUUCCAUCACAUGUGCCCAUCAGAAUGACCCUUUCCACAGUAUGUGCCCAUUUGUGUCCCUUAACAUAACAUGUGCACAUCAGAGUGCCCCUUAAC